AUAAAAAUAAUAACACGCAGAAACCCUCUCUACUUUCCCUCACUCAUUUCUUGUUGUUUCUCGAGACUUCCGCAUCCAAUUUCUCCCUCGCGAUGAGCUUCAAUCGACCACCAUCCACAAUCUAGCCAGUUGCGAUCUCACCACCGCGACUGUACCCCCAAAGGUGCCAGGGGACCCCAAACUUGGAACCUGAGUAUCAAAACCAGACUCGCGGAAAGGCAAUCCAAACUAUCGGUUUGUACACAAUUCUUCUUUCUUCUCUUCGCAUUUCUUUUUGUUUGUUUUGAAUUCCUUCUUUCGGUAUCUUGUGUGGGUUUGUUAUAGUUAGUUAUGUUUCUGUGGAGGUUCAAUCAAGUAGAUAGUUAUGGCCGUACGUCUCUCCACAGGAUUUUGCUCCUCGACGGCGUUACUCCAGUAUCGUUCUAAUUCGACCUCGGAAGAAGGAGGAAGUUGCUUCCAUUUUGCUUCUCGCCGCGUUUUUCAGCCUCAACGUCUAAACCAUAUUGAUGGGAGUGGACUUCUGAAGUACAAAGGUGACUUUUUAACAACAAAAAAAAACUCCCAAGCAAAAAUCGAACUCAAGCCACAGCAGAGUACGUAGAUUCAGCUUCAGAUCCAGAAAAGCUAACUGGCAAAUCAAGAGAAUCGAUAUGGUGAACUCUGCGAGGUAUUUCGAAAUACAAGAGGAACGUAGGAACCUACCAGUAUGGGUACACAAAGACGAGUUUCUCCAAGCUCUGAAGGAAAAUCAGAUGGUGAUACUGGUGGGUGAUACGGGCAGUGGUAAGACAACGCAAAUCCCACAGUUCGUUUUAGAAGCUGUGGUCUAUGAAAACCCUAAUCCUGGUGGGACUGCGAGGUUGGUUGGGUGCACGCAGCCUCGUAGAGUUGCAGCGAUGUCUGCGGCCCGCCGAGUUGCUGAAGAGAUGGAUGCAGUGAUCGGUGAAGAAGUCGGUUACACAGUCCGUUUCGACGAUUGCAGCAGCUCCAAAACCGUGCUCAAGUACCUGACCGAUGGAAUGCUUCUGAGAGAAGCACUGGUGGAUCCGCUCUUAUCAAAAUACAAAGCCAUCAUUCUGGACGAGGCCCACGAAAGAAGUAUAGCCACGGAUUUGCUUUUUAGUAUUCUUGAAAAAGCCUUGACUAGCCGGCCUGCUCUUAAGCUGGUUGUGAUGAGUUCAACCCUAUACGCCCACGAGCUCAGCCACUAUUUUAGCGGUCAUAAUGUGCCUCUCAUCGAAGUCCCAGGUAGGCUCCAUCCAGUGGAGAUCGUUUAUACUCGAGAUCCUGUGACGGACUAUCUCGAGGCUGCUGUACGCAAAGUUAUCCAGAUUCACAUGUGUGAGCCACCUGGUGAUGUUCUUGUUUUCCUAACCGGGGAAGAAGAGAUUGAAGAUGCUUGCAGCAGGAUCUUCCAUAAGCUCGGAGAUCAAGUCAAAGUCGUGCCACUGUAUUCCUUCCUCCCGCCUGCCAUGCAACAGAGGGUUUUCGAUCCCACACCACAUCCGGUGAGAAAGAUUGUCGUCUCCACCAACAUUGCAGAGACUUCUCUAGCCAUCGACGGGAUUGUUUACGUCGUUGAUCCUGGUUUCUCCAUGCAGAAAUACUACAACCCGCAAACUCGUCUAGACUCCUUGGUGGUGUCCCCAAUAUCCAUGGCAAGUGCUGACCAGAGAGCACGUCGUGCCUGUACAACAGGGCCUGGUAAAUGUUUCAGGCUAUACACACAGGAAAUUUACAGUGGUUUAAUACCGCUGGCGGUUCCUGAGAUGCUUAGAGCAAACCUCGUAAACACAGUUCUGGCCUUGAAAAGGCUGGGUGUGAAGGACUUGUUAUCCUUGAACUUUAUGGAUCCUCCUUCCCAGAGGACCCUCGUUCGGGCCUUGACGGAUUUGUUUGACCUGGGAGCAAUGGACGAUGAAGGUAACUUGACAGAGAUAGGCGAGAUGAUGAGUCUGGAGGUCUAAUCAAAGCUGAUUUAAUCGAGAUGUUAGCCCCUUCGAAUGUACUAUUGUUCCUAAUUUUCUGAUAUUAGAUACUUAAAAGCUGAUUUAAUCGAGAUGUUAGCCCCUUUAUUGUUCCUAUUUUUCUGAUAUUAGAUACUUACUUAAUUUCA